UUUGUUAUUGUCAGCUUGUGUAAUUAAGGGUUUCGAUUGUAUACGAAAUUAAGUUAAAUUUAUUGUAGAAAAUGCGAAGCGCAAUUAAUGGCCUAAAAAGAGCUGUAAAAGCAACAAAUUAUACUCCACUUGCUCAAAAUGCUAAUCUAUUUAAGCAAUUCCGGUUGCCAGAAACAAGGCAAUUUUCAGUUGAAUCCUCGCCGGCUUGUUGGAAUUGCCAAAAGAAAUCGGAAUUAAAGCAGAAUAUGAUAUGUUCGGACUGUGGACACUUGCAGGAUGUUAAUUCAGGAAUAAAUUACUUCAAACUUCUCAGCUUCCCUAUUCAAUUUUCUUUGGAGUCUCCGAAGUUGACAAGAAGUUUUCGCCAGUUGCAGACCAUUGUGCAUCCGGAUAAGUAUAGUAAUAGAACCUCCCGGGAGCAAACCAACUCUGCUGACUGGAGUUCCCUCAUCAACAAGGCAUAUAAAACCCUUUCCACUCCCAUAGAGCGUGGUCAGUACCUUCUUCAACUGGAGGGCGAACAGAUGCCGCAGGAUAAUAGCGCCCUAAACAAAGAAUUUUUGAUGGCCAUGAUGGAGCGAAACGAGGAGGUGGAGGAUGCGGAAGACAACCAAACGCUGGUGGGUUUAAAUGCGCAACUCAUUAAUGAACUAGAGGAUAUGGCCCAGAAGUUAAACAUUCUUUUCGAAAGCCAAGAUCUUUCGGGAGUCAAAGAAACCCUCGUAGCGAUGAAGUACCUCCUGAGUAUUCAGAACAGCAUUAAACAGAAGCAACAAAGUUUGCUGGGCAGCUGAACUGGCAUUAAUCGACUCGGCAAUCGGUUCUGAUCACACACACAUGUCCACCUGUUGCUCUAUCAGCUGUUAAGUAAACAAUAACACUGACUUCGUUUGUUUUAUAAUGUGAAUAAAAACAGCAAUCCAACAGUUA